GUCAUUUUAAAACGCAAACGUGCUUCCGACAAAUUGUGGGAAAGAUUCUCCAACCUCUAAGCUUUUUAUACUCUAAUUUUAAGAACAGAAUAGAUCUCACCUAAUUAUCACAGAAUACGAAUGGAGGAAAAGAAAGAACCUAUCAUUUGUGUGCCAGGACAAAGGCUGUGCUUGUCGGAUAAAUUCAACGUACCUGGACCAGGGACUUACGAACAGCAUGGCUACAUCUAUUCAAAGUUGGCUGGCGUUGUUAAUUUAAUUAAGACUGAACAAACAUGCACCGUAGAAGUACAGGGUAUGAGAGAACAAAGUAUUGUCCCAGCCCCUGGCGACAUUGUCACGGCAAUGGUCAUGCUUGUAAAUCAAAGGUUUUGUAAGUGCGCCAUCAAAUGUAUCGGUGAUGUGGUUUUGACACGGCCGUACAGAGGAAUUUUGCGCAGAGAAGAUGUUCGGGCAACGGAAAAAGACAAAAUCGAAAUGUACAAGUCGUUCAGGCCAGGGGAUAUAAUUUUAGCCAGAGUUUUACCACUCACCGAAGUUCACACAUAUCAACUCACGACGGCUGAGAACGAAUUGGGAGUCGUAAUAGCUCAUAGCGAAGAAGGAGUUUCUAUGGUGCCGGUCAGUUGGACAGAAAUGCAAUGUCCCAAGACAUUCAAUAAAGAAUUUCGCAAGGUUGCUAAGGUUGUUCCGGAACAUGUUAUAAAUGAACAAUAAAUUAUAUUCAUAUUUUACAUUGGAA